AUGUCAAGCGGGCGCCGCGCGCCUUUGAAACCCCCAGUAGAUGGGAGUAGUACAGUAUCAUUGGAUUGGAUGGGGACGCCUCCCAACACCCUCCCCUUCUGUCCAUCCCUAUACCCAUUGUCCUGUCUUUCUGAUCCAUGGAUCGCCGUGGACCGCCCUUUCAGCGAUGAGCCCGCGGCCUUGGCCCUGGAUUCGAUUACUGUCGACCCGCUGCCCACAACGUUCAAGCCUAUUGGACUGGCUGCCUGUUCCAGGGUGCUUGUCCUUGACGGCUACGUCGAGGAUUUACGAGACUGCGUGGCCCCUAACGAUGAGCUUGCCUCUCGCCGACCACCUGCGCUUGCUCUUGGCGGCACGGAAAACACGCUACGUAUCACGCUCAUUUUGACUCGUGCUAUUGGAUUGACGCGCUUGGAACAUUAUGCCAUUGGGCCUCAGAAGGGCACGAUUACCCUAAGUUGCGGUUUCUGCACAGCCAAGGAGACGGCUCCUUCUCGUUUGCAUCGACCGCUCACUCGUUGA